AUGCUAGAAGGUAAAUUCGAAGAAGCCAGUCUGUUCAAGAAGAUCAUUGACUCUUUCAAAGACUGCGUUCAGCUCGUGAACUUCAACUGUAACGAACACGGCAUCGCCGCACAAGCUGUGGACGACUCGCGUGUUUUGUUGGUUUCGCUCUCCAUCGGCACUGAGUCGUUUCAGGAGUUCAGAUGCGACAGAAGCGUCACUCUCGGUGUCGAUUUGUCGUCGCUAUCGAAGAUUUUGCGCUGUGGCAACAACAACGACAACUUGACUUUGAUCGCAGAUGACACCCCAGACUCCGUGCUACUGUUGUUCGAAGACACCAAAAAGGACCGGAUCAGUGAAUACUCGCUAAAACUCAUGGAUAUCGAUGCCGACUUCCUCGACAUCGACGGUAUGGAAUACGACACGACCAUCACGAUGCCUUCUGCCGAAUUCGCCAAGGUGGUGCGCGACCUGAACCAGCUCAGCGACUCGCUAAACAUCUUGGUCACCAAGGACACCGUCAAGUUUGUCGCCGAGGGUGACAUCGGGUCUGGUUCGGUCAUUGUUAAGCCCCACACCGAUAUGGACAAGCCCCAAGAAAGUGUUAAAGUCGAACUCGAUAAGCCUGUCGAUUUGACUUUCGGGUCCAAGUACUUGUUGGACAUCAUCAAGGGUGCCGGUCUAGCAGAGCAGAUCACCAUAAAACUCUCCUCCGAGACGCCUGCUCUAUUCGAAUUCGGCCUACAAAGCGGGUACCUACAAUUUUUCUUGGCUCCAAAGUUCAACGAGGAAGAGUAA